AUGUACGUGUAUGAAACAAGUCAUGAACGUAUUAGCCUCAACAAAACAGACUCCUCGAGCAAUGGUCAGGAGGACCUCCAUACUGUCUCUGAGGACGAUGGUUGUGUAUCAAACUGUCUUGAUCGUCCAGCAAUCGAUGAGGAUUGGUUCAUAUGUUCCAAAGACCAGCUGUACAUUUACAGAAAGUCUCCCAGAGAUAUUAGGAACGAUCAAGACCACAUUCGCAACAUGUUCUCGCUCGGCCAUCAUCCGUUUCACUUCCGUCCCCCUGUUUCUAGACCAGGCCCAUCCGAGGAGUCCCUCUGGCGCCAUCCAUUCCUCGGUUAUGCCCUGGAAUUCCAGAAGAGAGCUGGAAUUCCAGGAGGGAGGAUUUCUGGAAAACGCCCGCCGGCGUUAAAAUAUCACCCGGGUGCUUUGACUUCUCCUCCUCCUCCUCCUCCCUCGUUCCCGCCCUUUGAAGAGACCCGACAGCCGGAGGAGGAGGAGGAGGAGGAGGAGGAGGAGGAGGAGGAGGCAGGCGUGUGUGAGAGCUCCUUUGCCUGCUGCCUUCAGUCUCGAGGGCUUCAGCUGGAGCCCGAAGCUGUCACCUGUCACGCCCAGAAGUCGCCAAAUCCACCUGAAGACAUAAAGGACUCCAUAAGGAAGGAUAUCUGUUUCUUAAGGAUGCUUCAUGUGGUCCAAGACUUCGACGAAGGACCCAGACGUGCUUCCUGUGGUGUUUGGGAGAUCGGCCUUACCUCUCCCGGUUCCCAAGAACCUCACCCGGUUCCAAGAACCUCACCCGGUUCCAAGAACCUCACCCGGUUCCAAGAACCUCUCCCAGUUCCCAAAAACCUCUCCCGUUCCAAGAACCUCUCCCGGUUCCCAAAAACCUCUCCCGGUUCCCAAAAACCUCGCCCUCCCAUGUUCCCAAAAACCUCUCCCGAUUCCCAAGAAACUCUCCCAAGUUCAAAAAAAACCUCUCCCGGUUCCAAUGUUAACCUCGUUCCAACCUCACCGGUUCCCAACGUUCAAAAAACCUACCUGGUUCCAAGAACCUCUCCGGUUCCAACCUCUCCCGGUUCCAAAAAACCUCUCCCGGUUCCCAAGGAACCUCUCCCGGUUCCAAAAAACCUCCACCUGGUUCCCACAGAACCUCUUCCCAGUUAUCCAAAAACCUCUCCCAGUUCCCAAAAACCUCUCCCGGUUCCAACCUCUCCCGGUUCCAAGAACCUCUCCCGGUUCCAAAAACCUCACCCGGUUCCAAGAACCUCUCCCGGUUCCAAAAACCUCACCUGGUUCCAAGAACCUCUCCCAGUUCCACCUCCUCAGUUCCCGCCCAAAACCUCCCGUUCCCUUUUUCCAAGAACCUCUCCCUGUUCCAAAAACCUCUCCUGGUUCGAAGAACCUCUCCCGGUUCCAAAAACCUCUCCCGGUUCGAAGAACCUCUCCCGGCAGGUUCCAAGAACCUCACCCGGCUAUUGGGAGAGCCACUACAUGAUGACAAACUUCCCUAUGAACGAGAAAAGAGCGAUGCCCAAGUGA